GCAGUGCCCCGCUCCAGCAUGGCCACGGUGCUGUCCCGGGCGCUGAAGCUGCCAGGAAAAAAGAGCCCGGAUCUUGGGGAAUAUGAUCCCCUCACGCAAGCUGAUAGUGAUGAAAGUGAAGAUGACCUGGUGCUCAACAUACAGAAGAAUGGGGGGGUCAAGAAUGGGAAGAGCCCCCCCGAGGAGGUGCAGGAGCCCGACUCUGAUGUGGAGGUUGGGAUGACAAAGCAGCACACGUCAGACAGCGCGCCCGAGGGCUACCCUGCAGAGGCAGCCGGGAGCCUGGAGCAGAAGGCUGCUCCCUCCCUCAUGCCUUACCUGCGCACAGCGGUCUUUUUGCUCACUGUGGUGAUCUCAAUGAUUCUGGUGUUGGUGUGUGCGUUUCUAAUUCCCUGUCCCCCUAGAGACUUGCAUAACACCUGGAACYGCAACCUAGGUCAGGGAGCAGGUGGUGUGUUAUCCCCGCUGGAGCUGUGCGAUGUCAACGGCGAUGGGCUCCCUGACAUCCUCAUCGUCUUCACAGCCUUGAUGAAUGCCAGUGUCAUGGGUGUUUCUAGACCUUCAGUGACUCUGGUGGCUCUUUCCGGUAUGAAUGGCAGCACCCUGUGGUCCAUCCACCUUCCCGAGGAGACUCUGAAUGUGCAGUGCAAAGGGCUGUCGCUGGGAGUUCCUGCAGAGCCUGUCUGCCUCGUGACAGGAACAUCUAAACUCCUCAGCCUUCUCAAUGCCUCCACAGGCGAGACCAUCUGGACACUGAAUUCCAUCCAUCUCUCAAAUGGGAUCUUGGCUGCACCGGCUGCCAUUCUUCCGGAUGUAGAUGGAGAUGGGGUUUGGGAUAUGGUUGUUCUGGCGCUCAAAGAGACACAGCCUGAUGUGUUUUUUAUCUUGGUGUCGGGAAAGACUGGAACUGCUUUGGGUGGGCCUGUGAAGUACAGCAUCAAUGGAGAAGGGAAAGUGAUCGGUCCCCAAGUCCACAUCACCAGCCGGGGAGCCAUCUACAUCCUUUUUGGUUUUGGUAACGUUCAAGCAGUUGCUCUGAGGGAUAUCUUUACCCAAGCCAGAAACCGGGACAGCUUCCCUGCAAUGCUGCAGCAGGAGGAGCCAGAAUGGGAAAAGCGCAGAUCUGUCAACCUGUCAGAGCUCAUUGACAUUUACAGCAGUGGAGGUGUUGACUUCCUGCAGACGAUGAAGGCACCUGACACAAAUUGCAGCAAUCUGCUUAUCACCAUCAAAAAUGGCCUGAUGCUGCUACGGGGACAGGACUUGAAGCCCCACUGGUUCCUGGAAAUGCAGAACAUCAGCAGUCAGCCUGUCCCUGGUUACUUUGGUUCUGACCAAACCCUGGACUUCAUGCUACAAGCACAGACUGGAGAUGGGAAGAAAAAGGUGGUGGUGAUAGAUGGCAAAUCAGGCUUCCCUGUUUGGAAUCAAGAAUUUCCGUGGCAGAAGCAAGAUCUCGAUGCACUGACAGUGAUGACUUUGGAGAAGAAAUCUGUCUUUCUCUUCUGGGCUGAUGAAGGAAAAUCUUUGUUACAAACUCUGCAACCUGGUCCCAGAACUGAGCGCCCAGGGUUGCACCACCUGUAUUUCCUCCAUCCUGUCUUUCCUACUGUCCUACUGGAUCUCACCAAUGCAACAGACAAAGUCAUUGCAUCAGCGGUUGGAAUUAAUGAUCUCCAGAAGGAUGCAUUUUAUAUCACUGUUACAACAACUGCAACCUCUGAAAAACAGCCAGGAUUUUUCUCAGUCAGCAAACUAGGCCUGAAGUGGGCCAUGAUGACUCAAGGCCGAAUGAUGUGGUUAAAGGACAACACCACUCCCCAAAUCAGCCGUGGGGAAGUGAGACGAUUUCUUGCCCGUCUGAAAUUUGUUGAUUUUCCUCACAAGGUGAGAUUGUACAGGAGUCUCUGAUGAAGUCCAGGCGGUUCAAGAGAUCAAAUCUCUUCCCUAUAGACCCGGUUAGGUGAUUUUUAUAGGGUGAGGUACAAGCAGACUAUUUGCAAGAUGAUCACACCUUUGGGGUAAGCUGGAUGGUGGCUUGACUAUAAUUUUGCAGUUGGACAUUUGCAGAGGGGACCUUAGAAAGAAUCAGAGAUGAUGAUCACAGGGAACUGAGAGACUCACAGAGGGAACAGAGAGGUGGGACAUGGAUUCCUUGUUUUGACCACAGGGCAAACAAGGGCCCCCUCUGUGGUGAUUCAUAAAUGCUGUUGCUGACCUGUGAAGUACUUCUUUGUCAGGUUGUAUGAUAGUGGGUUUUGGCUUUGUUUUUCUGUUUCCCUCUCCUCCUCCAGCUCUAGCCUGAUGAUUCCUCAGGUUUCAGCUAGACAUGUCGCCUGAAGGGUGGAACAGAGGAAGCUGCUCCAUGGGUCUCCGUGAAUACUGCUGUAUAGAGGGAAAGGGGGCUAAGAGCACUUCCAGUUUCUUCAGCUCCCUGGGGAAUGGUGAAGGCAGGUUUGUUCUAGACAGAACCUUACUAGAGGAACUUUGUUCAGCGUCUCCCUCUGCUUAUGCCCUUCUUGCAUGCUUCCUUCCAGGUAACAUGAAAAUGUGAAUUCAGAAUUAACUUAUAUACACAGAUAUA